AUGGCCCGGGGGGCCUGCGAAGCGGCAGCGGAUGGGGAACUGGGGGAGGACAGCCUGUCUGUGAUAACCUGCGAAUCGGAUAGAGAAAUGAAGUUAAAGAAGAAAAUUUUUCACAAGCCUCCAAAGUCCCCAAAGUCUCCGUACAGCUCUAGCAUACAACUGUAUCCUAAAAGAGCUGCAGCUUGGCGAACUCCGCAGGGAACAGGCAGUGCCUUUAUUGAGACUGCAGCUGUAAAACACCCAAGGCAGAUGUGGCUGGGAUCACUGAAACAAGGAAUGAGCCAUCCUCUGAAAUCAGAUAUUGAUGUGGGGCCUAUGCAAACUAACAUUUCUAGUAGCACUCCAGAAUAUUUGAAAGAAGCUCUAGGAAUGAAGAAGCCAAAACAUUCCCGUUCUUCUAGUAGUGGCUAUAUUCCUGGAACUCCUGACUACAAAGAAAAGGAAGAUAUGUAUGAUGAAAUUAUAGAACUGAAAAAGACAAUACAGGCUCAGAAGAGUGAGGGAGAUCGAAUGAAGACUAAGCUGCGUCGCCUAGAAGAAGAAAACAAUAGGAAGGAUAAACAGAUUGAACAACUGUUGGAUCCUUCCAGGGGCUCUGAGCUGGCACGAGCUUUGUUAGAAAAGAGGAGUGAUAAUGGAUGGGUGGUUAGUGGAUUAAAGCAGAAGAUUCUCAAGCUAGAACAACAGUGCAAGGAGAAAGACAACACUAUUAACAAAUUUCAGGCAGACAUGAAGACCACUAAUUUGGAAGAAAUGAGGACAGCUAUAGAAGCCUACUCUGAAGAGGUUCAUCGUCUCCAAUUCCUGCUGGCAAAAUCUGAGACUAUAAGGAAAAACACAGAGGACAGAGAUACCCAAAAACGACUGAAGGCACUGAAUGCUUCUGUCCUGAAAUUAUCCAGGAACAUCAAGGAACUGCAGACUGAGAAUCGGAGACUGAAGGAGGAUCUCGAUCAUGUACUGAGCAAUUCUCCUCCUUCCAGUAAAACAAAAAAUUACAGUGAGUGGAGCAGACAGAGGCUGGUGAGGCGGAUUUCAGAACUAGAAAAAAAAGUAAGUGCCAUGGAGAGCACCAUGGUGUCAUCAGCAGAUAGUGAGUCAUCACAGUUACUUGCUGUGUCAUCUUCACCUUCUGCAGACCAGGAGCAUUCAGCUUCUCCACAGCUAGACCAUGCUGAGGAAUGUCGUCGCCUCCAAGGCCUAGUGAAGAAACUGAAGAGUGAUAAGAAGGCCCUUCAAAAUCUCCUACUCAGUAAAGAAUUAAAUAUCAAACAGUUACUGCAGGCUAAGGCUGAAGUGGAGCUGGAGCUGCAGAAGUGGCAGAAUAAGGUGGAAGAAGAGACUACAGAAAAGCAGACUUUAAGUGAGGAAAUUCAGAACCUGACACAGAAAGUGGGGAAACUGGAGUCAGAAUUGGAGGAAGAGAAGAGACAAAUGGCAGAAGAUACAAUAGAAGAGAUUAAUAAGUCUUUGCCAGUCUGCCCUGUUAGAGGCAAUGAAGAUCACAGGAAGCAGCAAGCAGCCAAAAUCAUCCAGAGACAGUGGAAGAUGUACCAAAACAAGAAAGAAGAAAUUGCUCUGGAUGAGGCAGUUGUUAUGCUUCAGGCAGCUUUCAGAGGACAUUUAGCUCGACAAGAACUGUUACAGAAUAGCAGGAUGCGUGAUGUGAAAUCUGACAACAAGAACUCCUGUAUGUCUUCCAUGUCAAAUUCCUGGAACUUGUCUUCUGAUUGCAAGGAGAAAGAUGAGAUUGUAACAUUCAUCCAGUCCAUUUUCAGGGCUCACUCAGCACGUACAGCACUGCUUGAGGAGAGGCCCUUGGUGUCCAGUGCACCAAGUGAGAAAGCAGAUUCUGCAGCUCACAUUACAGAGAAGAAACCUGUCUCAGCAGCACUCCAGAGGCGACCUUCAAUCUCCAUCCCAUCUCUUCCUGCCAGGUCCUCUGAGAAGCCAUCACAGCCUGCUCCCCCUCUGUGUGUGGAUGAAGCUCACUCAGAUGAUUCAGAUGAUAUUGUCAUUGUCUCUCCACUGGUGCAGAUGAAGAAAAGCUACACUCACACUUAA